AUGAAAGGUGGUUAUGUUAGGGGAGGACACUCCCGUUCCCAUGAGCCCCCAGAAUCGUCGAGACGCAAUCGAGAACAACGCUCAGCUAAAAAGAUAAGGAAAGGUGGGGAAGGUCUUGAUUUUUCUGGAGACAUGUCACUAGUUCCAAGAGAAGAAGAUUGGAUGGUGGAAGAAAGAGAAGGUUGUCCCAAUGAAGAGCAGCCAACCAGACGAUCCUUCAGUGAGGCAGUGAAAGGUGGCAAGAAGCCCGUAGCCAUAGAAGAAAAGGAGAGCUCAGAAUCAUCAGAUGAGUCUGAUGACGAAGAGGGGGAAUGCUUGCAGCCUGAGAUUCGUGUUGAGAAGCUUAUGGGAAGGAGGAUAUCCUUGCCGGUGCUUACCAGGAGACUUGAAGCAAUGUGGGGGAAACAGGGAAGUAUUGAAGUCAUUGAUAUAGGGAAUGAGUUUUUCAUCGUCAAAUUCUUCUCUCAAGAGGAUCUUGACUACGCUCUCACUGGGGGGCCAUGGAAGAUAUUUGACCACUAUCUCACUCUGAGAUUUUGGAAACCAGACUUCAACCCAACGGAGGCUACCAUUGACACGGUGGCGGCAUGGAUAAGGUUGCCCGGCCUUGCUAUUGAAUAUUAUGAAGAUAAAAUGUUGAAGAAGAUUGGCAAUGUUAUAGGGAGAACACUGAAAGUGGACACUAACACAACAGACAAGUGUCGAGGAAGGUUUGCAAGGCUGUGCGUUGAGUUAGACCUGUCACAACCAUUGAUCUCCCAAUACUCCAUUAAUGGAGUCCGCUACUUGGUGGAGUACGAGGGCAUACACAAUAUAUGCUUCUCUUGUGGGAUUGUGGGCCAUGAAAAAGCAAACUGUCCAAUGAAGAAAACUGGGGAGAACGGUGGCCAGAAAGUCACAGAAGAGGCACAGAGAGAAGGAGAAAUUCAGGUGAAUGGAAGUGGAGGAGACACAAAUGGAAGGGACAAUAUGGGAAAUGCCAAUCUUGACAAGGGCAAAAGCGUCAUUGACGGACCAGAAGAGCCCUUUGGACCAUGGAUGGUCGUACAAAGAGGGACGCGUGGCAGAAAUGCGAAAAAGGGGUAG